AUGGUCCGGGAUCCUGAUGCGGCCUGCACUUAUCUUAUUGAAUCAAAAUAUGUAAUUGAAAUGGAGGAAAUCUUGCUAGGGAGACUGUUGAGCAUCCUCCUAGAUGCAAUCAAAGACACCUGCAACACCUGCACAGAGAUUGUGCAGGCCGUAGCCUACCUCCUGAAGGAUGAAGAAACCUCUGAAAUGACCAAGGCCAUAUGCAACACCAUGGGACAAUGGAUCAAGGUGCUUGAACAUGCAGCCCUUAUGAAGAUCAAUGAAAUGCUGGAAAAUAUAACAUCCCAGACCAGAGCGCAUGCUAAGGCCCUGGAAAAGGGGGAGAGCACUGCACCAUCACACCGGGAAGAAAUUUUGAGUUAG